AAGUCAACAUAUGUGCAAAAAUGGACGACGAAGAAAGCAGAGUUUCAGUAGCAGCAUAUUCAAUGCAAUCCACGGCCUCAAGUUACAAAUCUUCAUUUAAACUAAACGAAGAUGAAUACAUUGACACGUAUAUAACAAUUCCUCCCGACGGUGGCUGGGGAUGGAUUGUAGUUUUUGCUUCGUUUCUGUGCAAUUUCGUAGCAGAUGGAGCUUUAUACACCUUUGGAAUAUUCUUAGGUGACAUAAGUAAGACCUACAAGUCGAAAGCAUCAACUAUAGCAUUAGGAAAUUCGCUAAUGACCGGUUUCUAUUACAUGUCGGGCCCGAUUACUUGUGCACUUGUUAAUCGUUGGGGUUUUCAAAUAACUGGAGGUCUUGGAGGACUUGUAGCAGCGGCAGCUUUUUUCUUUAGUCCCAUGACAAAUUCUGAUUUUGCUUUUGUGUGUGUUUUUGGUAUUGUUGGUGGUUUUGGAUUUGGUCUUGUUUAUGUGCCGUCAAUUGUUGCUGUUGGAUUUUAUUUCGAGAGAUGGAGAGCUUUGGCCACUUCCAUAGCUGUGACCGGCUCUGCUGCCGGUAUUGUGGGAUUCCCCUUGAUAGUAGAGGGUGCUUUGGGUAAAUACACUUGGCAAACUAAAUUCAAAGUCAUUUCUGGCUUUUGUAUCGUAACAACGUGUUUGGCUCUACUUUACCGCCCAUUGAAACCAAAAAGAGUUUGGACAACGAAAGAUAAAAAAGUUGUUCAGUUCACAUCUGGAGAUGUUGCUGAUUCAAUUGGCUCGUUUCACCUUGAAGAGAAGCCGCCUGGGUUUCUUAAGCGGAUCAUUAAUCGAUUUCACAAUAUUACGUAUCCAACUCAUGCCCAGUUACACAAAGAGUCAACAUUUGUUAUAAAUUUUCCGAUCGGACCAAGCACUUCUUCGGUUUUCAUCACAAGUGUGCCGGAAGGAAGUAUGACCACUUUUAUGCGAACCAAUGCUUCGAGAAGUGAAAUGCGAUCAGAAAGACUUGACAAACUCAGUACCGUCUACGAGGAUGAAUCCGAUACGAAAAAAAGUUGCAAAAAGUGUUGCAAAAAGUGCUGUGGUUUGAGAAGAAAUGGAGCUUUCAACAGACCGAUGUAUCGAGACGAUAUUUUUUACACCGGAUCAUUGUACACUCUACCACCACAAGUUUCACAAGUUUCAAAGAUAAAUAGAAUGCCGCAAAUGAAGAGUUUGGAUUAUACUCUUUCUGUAACAAGAGCUGAGGUUUUAAAAGAAGGUACUGAAGAAAGACUGCAUUGGAAAUGUUGUCCUGAAUCUGUAAUAAGAACUUUAGUCACUAUGCUAAACUUUGAUUUAUUGAAAUCACCAUCGUUUGUUUGUCUGGUUUGCAGUGGUUUCUUCACGCUACUGGGGAUGUUUGUCCCUUUUAUCUACCUUAUACAAAGAGCAGAUGAAAAUAACAUUAGUAGAGAUGUAUCGUACCACUUGUUUACAGCUUUGGGAAUAUCUAAUGCAUUAGGACGCAUUAUAAGCGGAAUCAUUUCAUCCCUCCCCAAAGCAAAACCUCUGAUUGUGUCAUGCAUCAGCUUAUUUAUUUGUGGAUUAUCCACUUUUGUAUCUUAUUUUUUAAGAGAUGUCUACAGUCAGUUUAUCUACGUCAGUAUUUUUGGUUUAACUAUCGCUUGUUUGGCCUCUUUAAGAACUCCGAUUGUUGUUGAGUUGUUAGGAUUAGAAAAUUUAACAAAUGCGUUUGGAUUAUUACUACUCAUCCACGGAAUUGCUGGAUUUUUAGGGAUGCCUAUCGCUGGAAGAAUUGUAAAAUUGGCAAAUUCUUACAACAGCGCCUUUCUUUUCUCAGGGAGUACUUUAAUGUUAAGUGCCGGUUUGCUAAUCCCAGUAAAACGGAUAUCAGAAUGGGAACAAAAUAAAAGAAAAAUUUAAUAAUGUUUAUUGAAAGUUU